AUCGUGCCAGACCCGCGGGUCUCAGUGAUACUGGGUGACACUCCAGAAUGGGAGACAAGCCACUUUGGGAGCAGAUUGGAUCCAGCUUCAUUCAACAUUACUACCAGUUAUUUGAUAAUGACAGAACCCAACUAGGCGCAAUUUAUAUAGAUGCAUCAUGCCUUACGUGGGAGGGACAGCAGUUCCAGGGGAAAGCUGCCAUUGUGGAGAAGCUGUCUAGCCUUCCGUUCCAGAAAAUUCAGCACAGCAUCACAGCACAGGACCAUCAGCCUACACCAGAUAGCUGCAUCAUCAGCAUGGUUGUGGGCCAGCUCAAGGCUGAUGAAGACCCCAUCAUGGGGUUCCACCAGAUGUUCCUAUUAAAGAACAUCAAUGACGCUUGGGUUUGCACCAAUGACAUGUUCAGGCUUGCCCUGCACAACUUUGGCUGACCUCCUCCCCGCCGGCACUCAUGCUGUUUCCUUCUCCCUCCUCUUCCUGAUACUAUCACACUCCUCCAGAUGCUCCAAAUAUCAUACACAAGCAAGUAGGGCCGUGGUGGAAGUGGGUGCAGCGCGCUGCUGCCACCACAGUGUUGUGCAUGAUGUUUGGGCACUAGACUAGUUGCAUCUGACAGGAGAAGUUUGUGUUGUACCAGCGCAUGCCUUGGAAAGACUUAAGUAAUGCAAAAGGUUGUCUUUUUUUUUUUUUUAAUCUACUGACAAGUUACUCUAGUAACCCAAAGAAGUGAAGGAGAAAGCAGCUGCCUCACCACCCAAAUAUUGAUUUGUUCAGAUGUUUCAAUGCCUCAUGAUACAAUAAAACCACAAAA